AUGGAAAACUCAGCUAAGGGCGAUCCCAGAGGAGAUGUCGUCGCUAGAGGAAUCGUUAGUGAGGAGCUUGCUCGUGUCAUGUAUGAGAGGUUUACAGGUGGAUCGAAAAACUUCCUUCCUCUCUUUGAUCCGAUCAGAGACACAUUUGACUCUGUCCGUUCAAGAUCUUUGUUCUGCUUUACUGUGAUUAUCUAUCUGGCUAGUCGCGCAGUAACAGAUUUGCGUGGCGACACGCAUAUGCAGCGCGUUCUACAGGAUGAAGCACAACGUUUGGCCGAAGAUAGCUUCUUCGAGCGACCAACCAAACUAGAAACAGUCCAAGGAAUGAUUCUCCUGGCAGCCUACUCCGAAAAGACUUGGUUCUCCAUUGCUCUCAUUCUUCGCACCGCCUUAGAUUCUGGAUUGGAGAAAUCGUUGGACACUUUGUUGUCCCAAGAAAAUGUACCCCGAAGUUCGCUUUCGGCUUCUAUGGCUGAACGUGAACUGGUAUGGAAGACAAGAACAUGGUUAAUCACUUUCAUACUAGAGUUGGACGUUGCAUCUGGUACAGGGCGCAAAUCACGUAUUGCCGAGGUCGACGUGGUGAAGCUACGCAAAUUUCUUGACUAUCCACUCUCUCUGCCCUGUGAUAUGCGUACAGUGUGUAUCAUUGAGCUUCAUCAACUACGAGGUAAUUACCGGGUCACUAUUGACAACACUUCAACUGUUGGCGAUAUUGUGUCCACAGAACUACCGGCCAUUAUGACAAGGUUGCAAAACUGGUGGACGACGUGGGACGAGAUCCAUGAAAGUAGGUUGUCUUUUCUUACUUUGGAUAAACCCACAAUCUGGAUCAAUUCUGACUUCGACAAACUUGAAGACAAUGGUUUCCAUAUAGGGGCCUUCCAACGCAGUAGCCUCAAGCUUAUGCUUCACUAUGCCAGAAUUUUUGUGUUCUGUGCUUCGCUGGCACGGAUUCAAAAAUUACAACCGACGCACACGGAUUCAGGCUCGGAAAUGCUCGACCAGAAUGUGAUGAACCUGUGGCAGUCCCUUGUGACAACAAUCAUGGACCAAUUAGGGUUUUUGAUCAACGAGCCAUCAUAUCGCUGUCAAUUACCCUGGGCGCCAACCUAUCCAGCUCUUACAAUCGCAUUCGUCACAACAUUCGCUCUUCGCAUUGCCAGGUGGCGUCCGAAUCUAAUUAAUCAAAGUCUUCUACUUGAAAGAGCCGAAAGGAUCUGUGGUUUCCUCAAACAACCCCCAUAUCCUGAUAUCCAUCGGACUGUCUCUAUUUUCGUGAACUAUGCACGCGCCUUGAUUGCCAGUCAGCUUCCACAGAGCAAUCAUAGUACAGAUGUACCCAUCAUGUCUGAUCAAAAUGAGGGCCCAACAUUUGAGGGACCUGAUAAUGAUAACCCCAUGAUCAACCGCCCGCCUCCAUCAGGAGUGGGUCCCCUCGACGAUCUCCGCUACAGAACUGGCCCGACCAUCCAGGCCGAUAGAGAUUCAAACAUGGUCUCGAUGCCAAGUAGUGACCCAUCUGCCGUGGCCAGAGCGCCCGUGUCCCGGCUAUCCGGCACGAUGGAAGCGCCCAACUGGACUGUAUCGAACUCAAUUGCAGACUCCUUUGGUCUGUUUGAGGAGGGGCAGAACGACAUCUUCGAUUUCUUACCUAUGAUGCCAUCGAUGCCACAGUAA